AUGGGGCAGAGCUGCGUGCCUCUGGGCAGGCAAGGGCUGCUUGGCGGCAGCAGCCGGGGAGCUGUGCGGAGGGGUGCUGGUGCUGGUGGCACCGUGCCCUCGGCUUCCAAUGCUCCAGCCGGCAAGGUGACUGCCUCGCUGCUCAUCAGCAACGCCAGGACAGCCUGCGAUGAGGACCUGCUCGCGCGAGAGGGGGUCACCUUCUGCGUCAAUGUCACCAGGCAGCAGCCAUUCCCCGGCCUCCAGCAGGUCCGAGGCAUCCGCGUCCCUGUUUUUGAUGAUCCGGCAGAAGACCUGUACAGGUAUUUCGAGCAGUGCAGCGAUGCUAUAGAAGAAGCUGUCCGGGGCGGUGGGAAGUGCCUCGUUUACUGUAAGAACGGCCGCAGCAGAUCAGCUGCUAUUUGCACUGCUUACCUGAUGAGACACCGAAAACUCCCACUCAAGGAUGCCUUUGAGACGGUGAAGGCUGCCAGGCCAGUAGCAGAACCCAAUGCAGGAUUUUGGUCUCAGCUACAGAGAUAUGAAGAAGAUUUGAAAAUAUCAAAGCAGCCUGAUCUGCUGAACAAAGGACUUAACUCGCUUUAAAAUAUCUUCACAGAUUGCUAUUUUCAAGUGGCUUGCUACAGCUAAAUUAGAAGAAAAAAAAAAUCACUAACACUUCCCUUAUCACCAAAACAUAAAAUGUCUUACUCCCCAGACUGAGUGGAUGGUCCAUUAAAUUCAUUCAGAGCAUUGCUGUUGAAGAAAAAGGGGCAGAUAAACAGGGGAAAACAACAAAAACACAAAAUUGUUGGAAGGGCUGUAAACAGAUGAAAGACAUGGUAUCUGCAAUGUUUACUUUCCCCAGAGUAACACUGAAUAUGAAGAUCAUGUAUUGAAUGAACAAAUGAGUUACUACAUGGGGAUUUUUACUCAUCUUUUGGUUUUCAUUAAACUUCCCAGUGAUGUCACUAGAAGAUCCAAUGCAAGACCAAGGAAGCUCUGAAUUGCUCUCUCACCUACAGGAUCAUAAUUCAUCUUCAUGAGCUGAAGUCUCUGGUGGGAAGCUGACAAAGGAACUGCUCCGCUUGAGACCUAAAUUUUCCUUACUUUCAACUAGACUAAAGUACCAUCACAAAAUUACAUAGAGGUCCAGAGGACAGAAUAUUCAGUUGAUGGUAAGGUGUUCAGCUCCUGCCUUACAAGUUAAGUGGCUUUUCUGCUUUUGAAAUUAUUCGCCAAUAUACCAAAGGGAUGAUUUUAAGAAGAAUAGUUCAUAGUGGAGGGAAGAAGAUGACACUGGCAACACAAUAGUAAUUAUGACUCCUUUUAGCUUUAUUUACUAAGUUUUAAAAGAUCUACAAGUGCCCAAAUUCAUGCUUUAAUAGGUCAGUUUAUAAGUCAGCUGUUCAGCUGUACUUGUAUGCAAGCAACGUGGCUAAACUAUUUUUUCUAAAAGUACUUGCAGAUUGCACUGUGAAAUCAUCUAUUUGGAUAGACAAAGAAGGAAGGCUCAGGAGGAUGGUGUGAAGCUUCUAAAGAAGAGUACUGCUAUGUUUUGCCAAAAGUUGUUCAAAGCAGAAAGAAAUACCCAAGUAUUUUGUUGAACUGUAUUAAAACAUUUAUAAUUUAAGAGGGAAGUUAUGAACACCAAGAACCUACAGAGUGAAAUUCCAUUCCACGUUGCUCAAAACAUCAGUAGGAAGGAAAGUUAGUUCAUCUUCAGCAUCGUAAGUGCUUACAUAAGCCAAACAUAUGCUCCCAAUAGUGGAGUAGUUUAAGGCAGAAAUUCUAAAGCUGGAAUUGCAACAGAGAAUAAAGUAACUGAUGAAUGAGGCAAUUCAGAUGCAAGAGAAGUUCCCAAAGUAAGAGAUUGCUGGAAGUUAAAAUAGAAUUAUUUUAAAACCUGAAAACAUAGAAAUAAAAAUAAAAAACCAGGGC